ACUCUGAGGUCUGGAAGCAAAGGUCGGACUUUGUUCUCCUCACAAGGCAAACGCUUUUUGACUUUACUUGCUCGUAAAAAUGUGACUUUUCUUACAGAGAGUAUUGAGGAUAGAUGUCCUGUGACUUCACUUUAGGUAUUGCUUCAAAAUUCAACAGAACAGAUAUGGAAAAAAUUUUAAAACACUUGUUAGAAGGAAUUUUUUACAACCUUCUUGGAGCAAAAAUGAAAAUUUUUCAGCAUAAAAGUCAGUCUGUUCUUAUUACUUUUUACCCCUCUCUUUUAAAACAUGUCAAUGUUCAAAAAAAUUAAAUAGAGACUGAAGCUUAUCUUUGUGAAUCUCCUUUUUCUUCUGAACCCCUACACAGUUUUCUAAACCACAUCUCAGUCUCAGUGUGAGUCACCGGUACAGGAAGUGACAGUUAUAAUUUCAGCUUCAGAAAAAAACACAGAGUACAAAAGUGGGAGUUCAAGCUUUGGAUGAAAAAAUCAUCCACAGAUCCAUUAUUUAAACUUUAAACUUUCCGUAUGAAAACAACGAUUAUCAGCAUUUUGCAUUCAUGCAUCUGUUCCACCUGAUAGACUAUCCUGGAGUAGCUGAUGUUGCGUAACAGUGAUGUGUUAUCUAUCAGUGUUUCCAGGCUCCUGUGCCGCUGCUUUUAACCCACAUGACACUUUGAGUCUAACGCAGAAGUUUGGUCAGAAGCUGACGUGUGAGAAACAUCCCUUUACAGAGCUCACAACUUCCUGCUUCUGUAUGUAGAGAAAAGAAAACUGCUCCGAAUAUCAGGACACAUUACGCCCUGCAGCACCUGAACUCCACCUUUAAUCUCCAUCUUUGAGGUAGGCCCUAUCUUACCUUAUAAGAAAUCUCUAAAGGUGAUAUUUCUGCUGCUGUAGGCUGGAAAAAAAGGAGCUAACGUUGAUUUAACUUCCUUUCUAAUUCUAAACAAAACUAUGAGUAUCUAGGGGAAGUGUCAGUCUUUAUCUGACUUUUCUAAAAGUGUUAUAUAGCUCUGCUUUUACAUAGAGUCUGAUCAUUUCCUUUUUCCUACACCGACCAGCGCUCUGAGGACGAGAGACUGAAAUGAGCUGAACUCAACGUUCGGCAGCUUUCAUCCUCGAAUCUGUCCCUCGGAGUUUCAAGCAGCAAGGUAAGACAUUGUCAGAUGGCUAGCUUUGAUAUUUGAUGUAAAAGUCGUCUUCAGGUGAUUUUCUCUGGUUUGUGGAUCAGAUGUUUCCUUUGGUGAAAUGGUGUCAGGUAAAAUUUGAAUCUCACUGCCCCAAAUUUUGACUAUCCAUGGUGCCUUUCCUCACAAAUUCAGAUGUUUUUUCCUAUUUUCAGCUUUCACACCAUUUUUAAUCUUUUCAAAAGCAGCAGAUCAUCAGACUUUAAUUACUUCUAUCAGAAUUAUACAUUUUAAUUCUGCUUGAAUAGACAUGAAAGUAUCAGGUUGACUUUCAAACGUAGCUUAACUGUGAAAAUGUAGCAACUAGUGUGGUGAAAGAUUGUAGACUGUUGCAUCACAGAGCUCUUUUCCUCUGAAAUAAACAACAUCUACUGCCGUUCGACGGCAACAAAGGUGGAAAUGAGAAUCUCAAAAUGUCACUGAUCAAACGGUGAAGGGAAGUGAGUAUGUGCGAUUGAUUAUCCCCUUCAUUGUGGUAAAAAUGGUCACCAACAGGGUCCUGUUUUGAAGAGGGUGUAGAGAGCAAAAAGGAACAAGAAAACACAUUUCGUAUUUGAGACUGAAAAAAAGAAGACAUGAUACAAAAAUGAUGAAAACAAUAGAAGCUAGGAAGUAAAAUUAUCAGUUAAGUUGCGCAACAAAAAAAGGAAAACAAAGAUCUUGCAUUCAAGAUCUGCUUUCUCUUUUUGUUUUUCUGCUUGUGUUCAUUGGAUUUCAUUAUUUAUCUAUUUAAUAAAUAAAGCUACACUUGUCCCAAAUGUGAACUUUGAAAUCAUUUGAAAGAAAUAGAGUAAUAAAAACUACAACUUUUUAAUAGCUCUAAUCUUAUUUUUGUCAUUUCAGACUCUCUUAAACAGUGACGAUGCAGCUCAGUAUGAAGACUUCUUUAAUCCCGCUUUUGGGAAUACUCGUUGUGUUUACCGCCGAGUCCAUAAGUGCUCCAACCCCAGGAAUCAACAAUUACACAACUGCUCAACCGCACCACACGACAACACAUCCGCUGCUCAGUGCAAAUGCCCAUGAUGGCACACAGAUUCAUCCAACCAGCAAACCAGCAGAAGGUGAUGUUGCAACAGCGAAGGUGACAGAUGAGGUAGCCGUCACUCACAGAACUUCUGAUGUAGUCAUGGCGGAGAAGACAACAGCAGCAGCAGCGACAACAAAAAGCAGCUCAGGUGGAGGCUUGCUUCACACUUCUGCUGCAGCAAAGCCUCCAAACAACACCACAAUCCCAGAGACAGGAAAAACAACAAGCGACCAACUACGUCCGCAGUCGUCCACUGCUCCAUCCAACAUGGCUGCUCCUUCAGCAGCUUCUGAAACAUCCGCAGCCACAACUGUUUCUCCAACCGGGCCUGCAUCAACCAAGACACAUAAAGAGUCAUCCACAGUUGCUCCCACCAACUCUAAUAACCUUUCUACCAAAGCUUCAGUCUCCACCCACAACCAGAGCAGUCCUCAAGCUUCCACUGCAGCUACACCAACAGAUAACACCACCUCCAGUGGAGCACCCAUGUUUAUCUCCACUGUAAAAGAGAAAUCCGCCAAUGGAACCGAACCUCCAACCACAUCCCCGACUGCUUCUACAACAAGGACUCACAUCUUCACCACAGAGCCCAAUAAAACUUCCACUGGGUCUCCAACCAUGCCUCCACCUGAUUCUACCACGAGGACCAACAUCUCCACCACAGAGUUCACCAAAACUCCUACUCGACCUCAAACCACCGACCUCUCCACCAACACCACUGCACACUCCACCUCCCUGGCUGGUCCAACAACAAGAUCUUACAUUCCCACCUUAGAGCCCAAUAAAACAUCCACUGGGCCUCCAACCAUUUCCACACCUGCUUCUACAACAAGAACCCACAUCUCCACCUUAGAGCCCAAUAAAACAUCCACUGGGCCUCCUACCAUGUCUCCACCUGUUUCUACCACGAGAACCAACAUCUCCACCACAGAGUUCACCAAAACUCCUACUCAACCUCAAACCACCACUCUCUCCACCAACACCACUGCAAACUCCACCUCUCCAGGAGUAAUCGUAAUCCCUCGUGGAUCCAAUACAUCACCAAACCCGGCUGAAUCAACAACACCCUCAAAGAACCCAUCCAGCACUACUACCCAGCCCUGCUCCAGCGUUGGUGUGGUGAAGAAGUGCCUCAUCGCCAUCGCCUCCCUAGCAGGGUUGGCCACCAUCUUCAUAGUCACCACCAUCAUCCUCUGCACCAAGCUGUCAUCAAGGAAGUACAAGUUGAGGAGACGUCACCAGUCCACGGAGAUGAUGUGCAUCUCCUCCCUGCUGCCUGAAAGGAACUAUACCUACACCAGGCAGCGCAGCCCGGUGAGCAAAGGGGUGCUGGUGAUGCACACAGUGGGAGACAGCGAUGAUGAAGGAGAAGAUAAUCGCACUCUCAGCAGCUUUCUUCCAGAAAAUGAUUGUUAUUAUUAGAUGAAAGUUUGAAUUUACUGUUACAUAGAUAGUUGCUUCUUUAAUAAACUCUCUCUUCCUGUAUUUGUUGGGGGUUUGGCAUUGGUGCGACGCACCAUUUUUGCAAAGGAAGCGGCAGAGAGACCACAAACACACACAAAGAAGACAGUGUAUAGAUGACUUUAUCAGAUGUGUGUUUCAGGCGACAGCAAAGACUACUUUUUCUUUUCUUUUUUUUUUUCUGCAUAAAUUUGACUCCCUGGAGGGACACAGGAUGAUCCAGCGAUCAAAGAUUGUUUUCUUUAAACAUCCUGAGCUAGACCUGACGGUAUUUUACUCAGUGACAGGAAGACUUGUUUUGACAGAGGGGUUAUUGCUCUUCAAAGACACUGCUCAGUUUACAAGAGCUCCUCUGGUAGCACAGCAGCUUUGUUCAUGUAAAUGCUGUCGUUUUAACGAUGGUAAACUUGAUGUGAAUGGAUUUCUAUGUAGAGAUAAAGUUUCUGUUUUUUGAUUGUAUUGAAUUAUAAUUUCUUAUUUAAAAGCUUCUUACAUUUUGACUUAUAGGCCUGUUACUGCUCACACCCUCACAGCUUUGUACGGAAGGAACUUCGUGGUUGUGUGUUGAACAGCAGGGAUAAAUUUCCUACCUGGUUUAGUUUGUUUGUUUGGUUUUAAAAACCAUGGAAACCCAAAGUGUACAUACAUCUAUGCAUUUAAUUUACUCAAUAUACCCUUGGGAUAAAAUGUAACUUCUGACAUCAGCUUAUUUAUCUUUCAGUUAUCUCCUGAUGAUCUCCUGAAGAGUAUUUUAUACUAGUUUAGCAUUUGUUGCUGGAUGACUCAUCUGAAAAGAGACCAAGAAUCCUUUAGAGACACAAACAGCUAGAGGGCUUAUGUCCCCUAAUUGCGUUUCUUGCACUACCAACACCAAGACGUCUUUCUCAAAUGCAUCUUACUGGUGCUUCUUGUUGCUAAGCUACAAAAGUUGUCCCAACACACAGUGGGGACCACAAAAUGUGUCUUAAAAUGAACCGUAAUCAAGCUUACAUAGAAAACAUAAAAACAAUUUAUAAAAAAGACAACCUGGAAAAAAUUAGUGCUGUAAGUUUUUCCGCCACACGUACUUCAGCUGAAAAGGAGAAUAAGUUGAUAUUAGAAGUCCUGCCCUUUCUGAGUUUUGAUUAAUGGGUGAUAACGUGCACGGGUAUUAAAUAUUUUUAACUGUGCAAUCCAUCACAGCACACAAGAAAACAGAUAAAGCUGAAACCUGUUUUUGCACUCAGAAUUCUGGGCAAAGAAAACAGAUGCUGUCAAUGCAAAAAAAAAAAAAUGCUGUUAGUGGACAUAGGCCCUUGUGUGUAUGUGUAUGUCUGAAUCUGCGUCCUUUCUGAACCUGCUGCUUGCUUCUUCUUUUAUUUUUUGGGCUGUUGCAGAUCUUUAGCAUGCAUCUGCUAACACGGGGGCAGGGAAUGUACGGAGAAGAGAGUGGGCAACUGUCGAACACAAGGCAACCAAAUCGAUACCAUUAAACAUAUUUUUUUAGAAAUAA